AUGACGCUCAUGCAUGCGGAGAAGCCGUUCGCUGCCAGUCUCCAGCGUCUCCUUCCGGGACUGGCAGAGAGCCCAACGGAGAGCGUUCUUACGGACACGUUGUUGCGGUGCUGCCACGAAUGGGGUGUCACUGCGGAGACAGAGCUGCUUCUUUUAUUGACAAGUGGCUACCCUUUUGUGCAGCGACAAAUGAUGUUAACGGUGCGACAGGAACAGAGACGGCAGCCAUUUGGUCACCCUGCGGAAGUCCAGCGUCUUCUUCAAAAGGUGCUGCUGGCUCUUAGUACACAACAUG